GCCCAGAGCCGGCUGUAGAGAGAUGCUGUUCGGAGGGUUUGCCGCUUCAGCCACUGGGAGGCCUCUGCACUCCGUUCCCCGGCGCCUGGCUGCGAUUACUCACUGGAGCAGCGGCACCAGCCUUCCACCAGGGAGCCCGAGCUCCCGCCCUCCUCCCCCAUCUGCAGCCUGCUGGCUCCCUCUCUCCCUCUGUCUCACUCUCUCUCUCUCUCUCUUUCUCUCCCUCUCGUAUCGCAGCACAAUGAAAGCCUGUGUUUCGCCGUGAGUCCGAGGAGCGGAGUCGGUGUCAGGAAAGCGCUCGGAACAGACCUGAAAGAGAAAGGAAAAUACUAGCGACUUUUUUUCUUCUUUCCCCCCCAUCUAUAAAGCGAAGCAUUACAAGAGAUAGAGCCACAUUGCCUUUGGGAGUUCAGACCCUCUGAGCCACUGGCCGGGCAUGGAAUGUACAAAAGUGGACAGAAAAGUGGCUGGACAUGACUCGGUGCAAUUUGCUGGAAGUUUGUAAGUUUGACCAUCGUUUGUAAAUUACUCUCGGAAGACUUUGUCUCUCGAUACUGUAUUAGAAUAGAAGGGGGGGUGAGGAAUAAAAACGUAAGUGGGGAAGGGGGAAAAAUGUGUUGAAGGAGCUCUCGCAGUAGCCAGCCACUUCUGACUGCUUUCAUUUAAGACUAAGAAACCUAAGAGGGGAUCGGGAUUUUUGCCGGUGAUUGGAUUAGCUUGAAGAAAAGAGGACGAUUCUGAAGUCCAAUUACUGACGUUGUUAAGACUGAAAAGCUGUCUUCUUUGGGGAGAAGACUACAUCCUUCUGUACCCCCCAGGAGGAGAAAACACCAACAGAGGAGGGAGAGAAAGGGACGGAGAAUCCAACAGAGUCUUCCCUGAUUUCGCACAGUUUGAACAUGACUUCAGAAGCCUUGGGAAACAGUCCUGUUGUUUGUUUUUUAACCUGAGUAAAAGUGAAGGCUGCCCGUUCCAUAGCCCCCGGGAGAAAUGUGUUUCUCUGCAGAAACACCCCUAUAAAUGAUUUCCCGAAGCAGCUAGGUGAGGGGAGCCCAGAUCUCUAUUAAUGACUUUUGAUUCCUUUUGCUAUGUGCUUCUGCCUCUUCCUUGACAACCCCUGAAUUCUUGAACUACCCCCUAGACUUUGUGUUUACAAAGUACCUAGAGGCUCUUGUCAGCCUGGUAGGGGAGAAAAAAAAAUCUACCAACUCUGUCCAACUUCUCCUAAGCUGUCAAAUGCAAUUAGAGUAAGUUGAUCAGGGUUUGUUUCCAACUUCCUCUCUCCAAUUGGUUUCUAAUCUUUCUCCCCACCCUCUUGUUACUCGCUCCCCUCCCCCACCCCUUCGCCACUGUCUCCCCACCCUCUGAAGACCUCUAUUCAUGUUCUCUGAACACUGAAACGAGCUUUGCCUGCAAUAGCCAGCACCCGCCUCUUGCACCUCACCAUCCCAGAGGCAGUAAUCAUUGUGUCCAACAAGAUGGGGGACACAGCGCCCCCGCAGGCCCCCGCUGGAGGGUUGGGAGGGGCUUCUGGGGCGGGGCUCCUUGGAGGGGGCUCAGUCACCCCGAGAGUGCACAGUGCUAUUGUGGAACGCCUGCGGGCUCGCAUUGCUGUCUGCCGACAGCACCACCUGAGCUGCGAAGGACGCUAUGAACGUGGUAGGGCCGAGAGCUCAGACCGAGAAAGGGAAAGCACCAUGCAGCUUCUCAGCCUGGUCCAGCAUGGUCAGGGGGCAAGGAAAGCUAGCAAACAUGCUAAGGCUACAGCCUCGACUGCCACCACCACAGCCCCUCCACCGCCCCCUACUGCCCCUCCUGUGGCCUCCCAGGCGGCAGCCACAGCCCCACCACCUCCACCAGACUAUCACCAUCACCAUCAGCAACACCGGCUGACCAGUAAUGAUAACGGUGGGAUAAACCGAGAGCAGCCGACAGCUUCGACCCCUGGGGACCAGCGGAACUCAGCCCUGCUUGCGCUCCAGGGCUCUUUGAAAAGAAAGCAAAUAGUCAACUUGUCUCCUGCCAACAGCAAGAGGCCCAAUGGCUUUGUUGACAGCUCAUUUCUUGACAUCAAAAGGAUCAGAGUUGGGGAGAACCUUUCUACAGGUCAGGGGGCCCUCCCAGUAAAUAAUGGACAGAGUCAAAUGAUGCCAGGGCCCUUGCCCAUGAAUCCAGCACCCCUGAGGAAGACUAAUGCUCUACCACCUCCUGUACAUUCUCCUGGCAACAAUUUGUUUAACAUGGGCUUAAAGGAGGUGAAGAAAGAACCUGGGGAGACCCUGUCUUGCAGUAAGCACAUGAAUGACCAAAUGACACAAGAGAGUGUUUUUACUAAUAGGUUUGGAGAUGACCCUGGAGAUCAACUGAUGGACCCUGAGCUGCAGGAACUGUUCAAUGAACUGACCAACAUAUCAGUGCCUCCCAUGAGUGACCUGGAGCUGGAGAACAUGAUCAAUGCUACCAUUAAGCAGGAUGACCCAUUUGGCAUUGAUUUGGGUCAGCAGAGCCAGAGGAGCACACCAAGACCCUCCCUGCCCAUGGAGAAGAUCAUUAUUAAAAGCGAAUAUUCACCUGGUUUGACACAAGGCAGUUCAGGCUCUCCCCAGCUGAGACCCCCAUCAGCUGGCCCUGCAUUUUCCUUGGCUAACUCUGCACUCUCCACUUCCUCCCCAAUCCCCACAGUUCCCCAGAGUCAGCCUCAGCUUCAGACAGUAUCAGGAGCAAACAGGGCCUUGCCAAGUUGGCAAGAGGUAUCCCAUGCUCAACAGCUCAAGCAGAUAGCUGCAAACCGCCAGCAGCAUGCACGGAUGCAGCAGCAGCAGCAACAGCAGCAGCAGCAGCCACCUCCCAGCUGGCCAGCCCUGCAGUCCUCUGCUGGGCCAUCCCCAGGGGCAUUUGUGCAGGAAAAAAUCCCCAGCCCUUCCUUCAACCAGCAACCAUUCAGCCCACAGGGAUCGCCCAUGCCUGGGGUGACUGGCAGCAGCAACCAGUCCAAAGCAGCUGCCAAUUACACAUACAAGGCCAGCCCCUCAGCCCAGGCCGGACACCUGGACGUGCUUCUGCAGCAAAAGCCUCAGGAUCUUAGUCGAAGUUUUAUUAAUAACCCGCACCCGACCUUGGAGCCCCGGCAUGGCAACACCAAGCCUUUGUUCCAUUUUAACUCAGACCAAGCAAACCAGCAGAUGCCUUCUCUUUUGCCUUCCCAAAACAAACCUUCACUCCUGCACUAUACCCAGCAGCAGCAGCAACAGCAGCAGCAACAACAGCAGCAACAGCAGCAGCAAGGCUCCCUAGUGGCUCAGCAGCAGCAGCAGUCACAGCCGCAGAGCUCAUUGGUAGCUCAGCAGCAGCAGCAGCAGCAACAACAACAACAGCAACAGCAGCAGCAGCAACAGCAGCAGCAGCAGCAGCAGCAGCAGCAGCAGCAGCAGCAGCAGCAAGGUUCAUUGACAGCUCAGCAGCAGCAGCAGCAACCAUCCCAACCCACCCAAGCUUUACCAAGCCAGCCUUUGCUAAGGUCACCCUUGCCACUUCAGCAAAAGAUCAUGCUUCAGAAAAUGCAAAAUCAGUCCAUCACGGGCCUGGGAUACCAAGUCACUCAACAGCACAGACAGGAUCAACACACUGUGGUAGGCCAGAACACAGGCCCCAGUCCAAGUCCCAACUCCUACUCAAAUCCAAACACUGGAAGUGGUUACAUGAACUCCCAGCAGUCCCUGUUGAAUCAGCAGAUGAUGGGGAAGAAACAGACCCUGCAGAGACCAACCAUGGAGCAGAAGCAGCUUCUCCUCCAGCAGCAGAUGCUGGCUGACUCGGAGAAACUUUCCCCUCAGGAUCAGAUGAACCGACAUCUGACAAGGCCACCCCCAGACUACAAAGACCAAAGAAGAAAUGCGGGCACCUUGCAGCCAGCUGCUCCGUAUUCUGGUGGCUCCUCUACAGUGAGUUUAAACUCUAACCAGGCUUUGACAAACCCAGUUUCAACACACACCAUCUUAACUCCGAACUCCAGCCUCAUGUCUACAUCUCAUGGGAUGAGAAUGCCAUUGUUAUCCACAGUUCAGAACAUAGGGAUGUAUGGAAACCUGCACUGUAACCAGCCUGGCACCUACACCGUCACAUCAACAAUGAACCAGCUGGCACAACAGAGAAAUACAACUCAACUGAUGACAAAUCAGAGCAACCCUCUGAUGUCACGGCCAUCUCCCUUAGGGGCAAAUAAUGGUAACAAUGUGGCCACCUUUGGAGCUGGAUCUGCUGGCAGUUCACAACAAUUAAGACCAAAUUUGGCUCACAGUUUGUCAGGUAUGCCAGCCCAGAGGUCAUCAACUGUCAUGAUCACAGCCAACACGACAACAACAAACUGGGCUUCUCAAGAGGUGACAGGGAAACAACAGGAAGCCCUCAAAUCCACAGGGGUCCGCUUCCCAACAAGCACACCUACAGCCUAUACCCCAAACCAGUCUUUGCAACCAGGAGUAGGGAGCCAGCCAUUUUCCCAGAGGGCAGUGGCGCCCCCUAGCCAGUUAACUCCAGCAGUGCAAAUGAGACCUAUGAACCAAAUGAAUCAGACAUUAAAUGGGCAAACCCUGGGUCCACUCAGGGGUUUGAACCUCAGACCCAAUCAGUUGGCCACCCAGAGUCUGUCUAAUAUGAACCCAUCAGGAACAGGAUUGAAUCAGCCUAGGACAGGCACCAACCAGCCUCCAUCCCUGACACCCAACGCUUUUCCUUCAUCCAACCAAAGUUCCAGGGCUUUUCAAGGACCUGACCAUGGCAGUGAUUUAGCUUUUGACUUCCUCAGCCAACAGAGCGACAGCAUGGGCCCCGCCCUGAACAGUGAUGCUGAUUUCAUCGAUUCUUUAUUGAAGACAGAGCCUGGCAAUGACGACUGGAUGAAAGAUAUCAACCUUGAUGAGAUCCUGGGAAGCAAUUCCUAAGGUGGAAGGAAGGUAGUCCAUAGGCUCCGAGCACGGUUUUCCGAGGAUACUGUAAUGCCAAACUGCUGAAGUCUGAGGGAACUACAGACAUCAAAACAGAAAGUUGGCAGGAACCACAGUGGUGAACAUUUUGGUUCACUUGCUUGUUUUAAAAACUCUUGAGCCUGAUAGUAAAACAUUGGGAUUGGUUUUCCCUGCCUGAACUUCAGGAUGUGUUAUCCGGUUUAUCCAAACACAACUGUGAUGCUGGUGUGUAAUUAAUUGUGUGAAAUGGUCUUCCCAAGUUCCUUUUCUAGUGAAGGAAGUACAGUAGAACUUGAGGCCUGUUUCAAUCCCAUAUCAAUAGGCAGGCACUUGUUCUAAGCAACAGGCAGCAGACUGUCAUCUAGUAGAUAAAUAUGCUCUGACUUCUCUGUUGUUAUUUGUCUUAAAGCUUGCAGGAAAGGUUGAAUUGUUACAUGGUUGUUUGGAGUAACCUAAGAAAGAGGGAUCCAGAGAAGCUAGAAGCUAUCCAGCAGAUUAAUUGAUUCCUUUCCUAGAUGCACUCCUCAGUUUUGUAAUUUUCCCACUAAAAUACAAAGUAUGAUUGACUUCAAGUCAUUUAAGCACCUGAACUUCACAAACCUGUUGAGAAAAGGAAUACGUUUUCUUAAAGCUCUGCAAAGUCCUCUUGUCUUUACGACACCUUUGGGCUCUCUCUGUCUUUACCACUGCACCAAUAUCACUGGCCCAGAGUAUUUUCUGUGCUGGUUUGUUUUGUAUUUUGCUGAGAUGCUGUGUCUCAUGAUAAAACAGGAAUGCAGGGCUCACAACCUGACUGGGGCUUCCCUCCCAAAUUUUAUAGAUAACCAAGACUGGUCCUGAUCACUCUGAAAUACCAGUGCGCAACUGCUUUCAUCAAAUUUCACUUCAAAAAAAAAAAUUAAGUCUUGCCAUGUAGGAGAAAAACAUGGCCACGAAUAACCAGUGGUGUUGCUCACUGUGAUUGAUAGCCGCUGCUCUGUUCCCAAGCAGAAUGAAGUGGAGCCUCCUAUUUUUUUGGUAGCCAGAGACUGAUUUGUAAAAAAAAGGAAGAAAGAAAGAAAGAAAGAAAGAAAGAAAGAAAGAAAGAAAGAAGAAAAAAAGAAAGAAGUGAAAGUGUGAAUUAGAGUCAGAUUAGAGAAUAUCCUGUUUUGGUUGAAGGUAAGAAACAGGAAGAGGCAUGAGAAGGCACAAAGCUGUUUCACAGAGCUCAGAGGAAACAGUAACUGACAGACAAAUACAGCUUUUCCCUGGACAUACUACUACAUGGACUUAGGUGAGCAGCUGAGCCUAGUGGUCUUUGUGGAGCCACCCACUCACUAUUCAUGACGCAGCGAGCUCUUGCCAUAUGGUGCCUGGGGCCUUCUUGUCCAGGUCUCUUCCCUCAGGGCUGAGUGUUAUAGCGAAAUGUGCAUGUGUCUGGGUCACUGAACCUCAGUGCCCACACCCAUUUACACUGCAAAAUGGAGCUGGUAUCCAGGUUUGAGAGGGCUCUAAAAGACCACUACCACCUUCCUAAAUCCAGAGAAUCGAAGGCUACUUUCAAUCUUUGAGUUAGACGUCCACACACUAAAAUACCAAGUAUGAUUGACUUCAAGUCAUUUAAGCACCUGAACUUCACAAACCUGUUCAGAAAAGGAACACAUUUUCUUAAAGUUCUGCAAAGUCUUCUUGUCUUUACAAUGCCUUUGGGCUCUCUCUGUCUUUACCACUGCACCAAUAUCACUGGCCCAGAGUAUUUUCUGUGCUGGUUUGUAAAUAUUAAUAAAUUACUUGUUUUGUAAACUUUUGUAAAGAAUAUUUUGGUAGAAAUACUUAAAACAUAUUCUUUGGAUUAUAUUUAUACAUAUGUGAAAUAAAUAUACUAUCGAAAGGUUAUAUUUUAUACAAAAAGUAAAUUGUUACCUUUUGUAUGCUAAUAUACAAAGUUUUGUAUAAUAUGAUGGUUUAUUUUUAGCUCUACAUUUAAACCAUAGGUGAUUGAGUGGAAGCUUUGAAAAACCACCAAGAGGCGUGUUAAGUAAAUGUAUAUCCUGAGACCUCACUCGGAAAGCAUUCCAGGUCCUAUCCCUCCCUGUUCUUGUUGUUUUCCAGCUCAGAUCCUUUAUUAAGCCCAUAGUUCUCAUGUCUCAUUUGAUGACUCUGCUGUGCACACUGUACCUGUCCCUGUUGCAUGUGUCCUCCUGUGUGUCUCCCAUUAUACAAAACAGUGUUUCUCCAUGAAAAAAGAGAGGAAAAUAAUGUAUAAAUAUAAACGUGUGAUUUUGUGGCUCCUCCAGAUGACUGUACAUAUCUGCAGGACUUCUCAGUCUCUGACCAUGUGAUUCAGCUUGUUUCGCCCUAACCCAAACAGUACAGUUCAGUUGUCCAACUGAAGAGGCAAAGGAAACAACAUGACUGGUUUUUCUUCAAUCUUAAUGUGAAUUUCAUAAUUAAUGUCUAUUUAUUCAGCUAUUCAUUAAAAUACAGGAUUCUUUGGGGGGGGGACAGUAUAACCUAUAGUUUUUCUUUUUGUUGGCAGCCUAUUACCAAAGAUGAUGUAAUUUUCCUGAAAGCUGGGAUAAUGACAAUUUUAUAGACAAACUUAGUAAAAGCCUCAGGAUUUACAACGUAAGAGCUAUUGGGAUACAAACUCUCAUUUAUAGACAUGCCAGACUACUUAAUUGCUGACAUUGUUUAUCAUUCUGACAUAUAACAGAGAAGGUAAGAGUCGUUUCUCUCUCUUCUAUUUCCUUCUUUUUCCUUCUUCCCCCUCCCCCUCCUCCUCCUACUCCUCCUCCGUUUUCUUCUAAUUCAGAGACUAGAAAGUAAUAUAGGCAAAUAAUUACUUAUUGGCUUUGUGUUCAGCCCAAUGAAUGGAGUCACUGAGUGAAAUGCUGAUGUCACCUGCAUUGCUGUCCUGAACCCACGAAUGUAAAGAUUUCAACUUGUAAUACAAGCAUUUUGUAUUGUGUAUAAUUUCAUGUGUAAAAAAAAAAAUAGUUUAAAGCAA